AUGCUAAAAAAAAUUGUAUUAGCUGCUAUAGCAUUGUCAGCUCUCUUUGGAUUAUGGUUCUGUAGUCAGCAGAAUUAUGUUUAAUUGAAAGAGUUCACAAAGUAUUAUGGUGAUUGUACCUAUUAGUAAGCUGAUUUUUCUAUGAUUGGACCAGAAGAUGCUGUAUUUUAUGAUGAGAAUACACUAAUAGGUUGUCAUUCCAAUCUUUUAAAAAUAUAUAUUGGAAUUCCUUUAAAUGAGAUAGAAAAUGGUGGCUGCUAUGCUGUGACUGGUAUUGCUUCUUAAAAUCUCUAGAUAUAAAAAUUAGAAUUAAUUGGGUAUCCUAAAGAAUUAGACUUUUACCCUCAUGGAUAAUACAUUAUAGAAAAUACAUACUAUGUUUGUAAUCAUGGAUAUGAAAAAUCUGAUGGGGAUAGAAUAGAUGUCUUUGAUGUUGUCAAGAGUCAAAAUAAUACAAUUUACCUAUAAUUUAAAUAUUUCACUCAUUUAGGCCCUAGAUUUACAGGAGAUGCGAAUGAUUUGGUAGUAUUAAAUAAUUAAAGAUUUUUGGUGACUGACUGGUAUCCAAUAGCAUUCCCUCUUGAAGGCCCUAGUCACUUGACAAAUUUAGAAAAAAUUAAAAUUUAGACAUUCUAAGCUCUUAAAAUUAGAGGAUCUCAUCUAUGGGAUUGUUAAUUUAAGAUUAAUUAACUAGCUGAAUGCGAAAUAGUAGAAGGAAGUGAUGGAGUGAUGGUUAAUGGUGUAGCAUUCGACCAGAAGGAAACUAUUUUAACCUCAGAUACCAUAGGCUAAAAGCUACGCUCAUUUAAAAUAUAAGGAGAUGGUUCUUUGAAGCUUCAUCAGGUCAUUGAUACUAGACUUGCUGCCGAUAACAUUAAUUUUGAUAAAGUUAGAAACUAAUUUUUAGUUGCUGGCACUUUAAACUCUGAAAAAGACUCUUAAGUUCUUGCAAAAAAUAUGACAGCUAGUAUAGAAUUAAUUUAAAAUAACCCAGGAAAUUAAUCUUUAGUAACAUAUUGGGCAGGUGUUGAUAUUGUCAAGUUAGAAGAAUAGACUAACUAACUUAUUACAGAAGAACUUUUCACAGCUGAAAAAGCUAAUGUAAUCGUAGCUGGAGGACUAGUAUCUCAUUCUGGAGAUUUUCUGUUUUUAACAUCGUAUGGUGACAAAUCAAUUUCCGUUUGCAAAAAAUAAAAUUGA